GCAUCUGUAAGAUUAAGAUACAUACAACAAAUCUGUAUACAAGUGCGUCAAAAAAAGUUUUUUUCCAAGAAUUUUUUCACCAUUGUAGAAAAAAAAAUAGAAGAAAACCCUGCAUGCAGUUGAACUUCCAUUUGGAUUUUGGUGUAGCAACAAAGUCUUGGCAAGUGUAAACUGCAAGUUUACAAAAUAUUAAUUAACUCCGUCCAGACGUCCAAACAAAAACACACAAAUAAUGUUUUCGAAUUUGAGGAACCCUUCGGCAUCUUUCUAUCUGUCUCCAUAUCUGAUAGUGCUGAUCCUUUUUCUGCCGACACCCAGUGGUGUGGGAGCCACACAAUCGGGAAUCUAUAUUGACAAUGGCAAGGAUCAGACAAUCAUGCAUCGCAUGCUCAGUGAAGAUGACAAACUGGAUGUUUCGUACGAGAUACUGGAAUUCUUGGGCAUAGCCGAGCGUCCUAUGCACCACAAUAGCCAUCAGCUCUCAUUGAGGAAAUCGGCACCGAAAUUUCUACUUGAUGUCUAUCAUCGGAUUACCGCAGAGGAGGGCUUGGGUCAUGCCAACCAAGGCGAAUCUGGUGAACAUAAUCGAAGAUCGAAACGAGAUGCCGAUUUGGAUGAUGAUUUAAAUGAUAGUAUGGAGGAAAAUCAGAAUUUCAUCACAGAUCUCGAUAAGCAGGCCAUCGAUGAAAGUGACAUUAUAAUGACGUUUUUAAAUAAACGAAAUCACAAUGUGGAUGAGCUGAGACACGAACACGGACGUCGCCUGUGGUUUGAUGUGUCCAAUGUGCCUAGCGAUAAUUCCCUAAUGAUGGCAGAGUUGCGCAUCUAUCAGGAUUCCAACGAGGGCAAAUGGACGACUACGAAUAAGGCAUUUACCAUUUCAGUAUAUUUAAUUGGUGCGGGAACAACCGGCCAAAUGACAAUGGAAAUUCUAUCUUCUGUGAAUACAACUGGCGAUUUUGUUGGCUGGCUGGAAUUGAAUGUGACAGAAGGAUUGCACGAUUGGCUGGUUAAUGGUAAGGCCAAUCAUGGCAUCUAUAUAGGAGCACAUGCUGUUAAUAGACCGGAUCGGGAGGUGAAAUUAGAUGAUAUCGGACUGUUAAUACAUCGCAAAGUAAAAUUAGAUGAUGAAUAUCAACCCUUUAUGAUUGGUUUCUUUCGGGGACCCGAAUUGAUCAAGGCCACGGCCCAUAACAAUCAUCAUAGAGCAAAACGCAGCACUUUGCAUCCGCGUCGGAAAAAGAAAUCCGAGUCCAUGCAUCCAUUUUUCGAUAGUCCAUCGAACAAUUCACGCAGCUGUCAAAUGCAAACCCUAUACAUAGACUUUAAGGAUUUGGGUUGGCAUGAUUGGAUAAUUGCCCCAGAGGGUUACGGGGCAUUCUAUUGCAGCGGGGAAUGCAGUUUUCCCCUAAAUGCGCACAUGAAUGCAACCAAUCAUGCCAUUGUGCAGACUUUGGUCCAUCUCAUGGAGCCCAAGAGAGUGCCAAAACCAUGUUGUGCACCCACACGAUUGGGUGCACUUCCUGUGUUAUAUCAUCUCAAUGACGAGAAUGUCAAUUUAAAGAAAUAUAAGAAUAUGAUUGUCAAAUCCUGCGGGUGCCAUUAAAAAACUCAUGUUGUGUAAUCCAAGAUUUUUUAUACAUAUAAAGCAUUUCUGUGUACAUGUCCCUUCUGUACUAACUCGAAUAUUUUUGUAUCUAGAAAUAAAUAUAAAAAAGCAUUAUCUAAAAUUA